AUGAUUACAGGACAUUUUGACUUUGGGAACGGUGGUUCUGAAUUUCAAGACUUCCUCCACCUAGAGGAGUUUUUGAAAACAUCUCAGGAGGAAGAUUUAUUUGCUUUGGUUCGUUCUGGACCCUAUAUCAACUCUGAGUGGGAUUUUGGUGGAAUGCCCAGUUGGAUAAUAAGAAAAUCAACUUCUGUCAGAAACUCAGGGGACAAAUAUUUCCUUUCCUUUGUUAAAGCAUUUUUUAACGUUUUGAUGCCUAUCCUAGCCAACCUCCAAUUCCAAAAAGGGGGUCCCAUCAUAGCACUUCAAAUCGAGAAUGAAUAUGGAAGUACAAAAAGGGACGAUCAAACGUAUUUGCAGGCACUUAGAAAAAUGAUAAUAGAUCAUGGCAUAAUUGAAUUAUUAUAUACCUGCGAUCCUCCUCGAAAUGGGAAGCAUGGAGCUAUUCCUGACGUUCUACAAACAGCUAAUUUUGCAGGGGAUCCCAAAACCAUGCUUGACAUGUUAGUCGAAAUGCAACCCAAUAAGCCCAGAAUGGCAAUGGAGUCUUACACAGGAUGGUUCGAUCACUGGAUGGAUAAUCAUCACCAUGGCGCUCCUAGCGCCUACAAAACGCAACUUGAGAAUAUUUUGGGAUAUCCCGCAUCGGUUAACAUGUACAUGUUUGUAG